UUUUUUUUUUUUCAUUACUCUAAUUAACGAACAUGGUCAACUCAAUCAGUGAUGUUAAGAUUGCCGUUAUCGGUGGUUCAGGCCUUUAUAACCUCGAAGGCCUUGAAGUUAUCGAGGAAGUCAACCCUGAAACUCCUUGGGGUUAUCCUAGUGACAAAAUUGUAAUCUCCAAGCUUCCCAGUGGUAAUAAAAUCGCCUUUUUGGCUCGUCAUGGCCGAGGACAUUACUUGACACCUACUGAAGUACCUGUCCGUGCUAACAUUGCUGCACUUAAAUCACUGGGUGUUGAAGUGAUCAUUGCCUUCUCUGCUGUUGGUUCUCUUCGUGAAGAAAUUCCACCUUGUGAUUUUGUCUUACCUGACCAAUUGAUUGAUCGUACUCGUGGUCUUCGUCCCUCUACCUUCUUUGGUGAAGGUGUUGUAGCUCAUGCUGUCUUUGCUGAUCCUUUCCAUGCUGGACUUGCUGACAUUAUUGCUAAACAUGAAAAGGUCCUUGAAUUUGGUGCUAAAUUACACCGCAACAAGACGGCUGUUUGUAUGGAGGGCCCUGCUUUCUCUACUCGUGCUGAAUCACACAUGUAUCGCUCUUGGGGUGGUGAUGUGAUCAACAUGAGUGCUUUACCAGAGGCCAAAUUGGCUCGUGAAGCUGAAAUUGCCUAUCAAAUGAUUUGUAUGUCUACUGAUUAUGACUGUUGGAGAGUGAAUGAGGAAGUUGUUACAGUUGAGACAGUCAUGCAAAAUAUGGGUAACAAUGGUAAGAAUGCAAAGAAUUUGUUACAUGCCAUUUUACCUGAUCUCGAAGAAGCCGUUCAAAAUGAUACACUUGAACCUAAAUUGAAGGGCUCUAUGAAGUUCUCUGGUAUGACCGCCAAGGAAAAGAGAAACCCUGAGACUGUUCGUAAAUUAGAUUAUAUUUUACCAGGAUAUUUCUAAGCUUGUUGCUGAUUUUUUUUCUAUUUUAUUUUAUUUUAAAUUAUUAUCCUAAAUAAACACGCACGCACCCACUCAUGUAAAUUAUAAUAUA